UUUACCAAGAAAAGUGAAGCGGAAAGUUUACUUCAUAAAUUGAGGUUAGAAUAUAACUUGUCAUUUAAGUCGAACGUCAAUUUGAAUUUGAAGUUUAACAUAUCUGUCACCGGACACGUCAGUUUGUUACGUUGGUAUCGACGCCAGUGUUGUCAGAACAAAAAAUAUUUUUACCUACAAUAUUUUUACGUUCCUUUUCACGAAACUGUACGCAGCAAUAUGGAAGAACAAUUUCAAAUGCUGUUCGAUAAAAUGAAAUUAGAAAUGCAGAAACAGACGGCUGACUUAAAAGAAUCUCUUACGCAAAACUAUAGGGAUUAUAUGGAUGAAAAACUUAAUCCAGUCAUUGAAGAAAACCAACAAUUGAAACAAAAAAUUACCAAUCUAGAGAAAGAGAUAGAAUACUUGAAAAGAGACAAGAAAAGUAACAACAUAAUUAUUUUUGGGUUGGAUGAGACAGAAAAGUCAACAACGGAGUUAUUUAAGAGUGUCCAGGAGACCUUUCAAGGGGACUUGAAUAUAAAUGUAGAAGAAAAUGAAGUGAACAAACUGUACCGCUUAGGAAAAAAUAAAGUCGAGAACAAACCAAGGCCAGUGCUGUGUUCUUUUACAAACGGAUGGAAAAAAGGCGAAAUUAUGAAAUGUAAAAGGAGUUUUAAGAAAAUCCAUGUAUCAGAGGAUUACUCGAAGGAAGUUCUAGAGAAAAGGAAAGCUUUGCAACCACAACUGCUAGAAGAGAGGGAAAAGGGAAACACAGCUUUUUUAAAAUACGAUAGGCUAAUAGUCAAGGAACCCACUACUGAUAAAAGGAAGAGGGAAGCAACUACUUCACCACAGUCACCAUCUAAAACACACCCCCGAAAACAACAAAUGUUAAGCUCUAUUAAAACUAAUAGAAAAAAUGCCUUCGAUGUACUGAGACCUCGAUCAAACUCUUUGACCAACAACAUACACAAAAAUCAAUAGCAAUCAACAAAUGGGAAACGGGAAAACUGAAUAAUCUGUACAAACCAACAAUCAGAAAAAAUACAAUCUCCCCCAAGCCGACUGGUCCUCGUGGGGGAAAAAGACCACAACCCUCCAACAAAACAGUUCAAGAAGCAGAAAGAAACAAGAAUGUAUAUUGCAGCCCUUAAUGUACUCACUUUAAAAAAUGAAGAAAAUCUUACCGAAUUAAUGUAUGCCUUGGAAAAAAUUAAAUGGGACAUCGUCGGUUUAAGCGAAGUAAGACGAAUGGGUGAAAGAAUUGUCACAUAUCCAGAAUUUAUACUUUACCAUUUAGGGACAACUCCAGGGCAU